AUGAAGUUCUUCUUAGCACUUCCAUUGCUUCUCACAGCAGCAACGGUGGAGGGAAACUUAGGUCUUCCUCGUCCCCUGGCUCUUGCUGCUUCAUUCUCACACAUUUACCACGAACUUGAUCAUAUCAACCUCGGAAACUGCUCUCUCGCAAAUGUAUCUCUCCCAUUGAAUGCGACGAACUCUCCGCUGCCAGAGCCGUCCAAAAACCUGACUCUCAAAUACGUUACACUGGGACGGGGAACUCAGAACUAUACCUGCCCAUCAAAUUCUUCCUCGAAUUCCAACUCCACCAUCAAGCCCGAAGCCACAGGUGCAGCUGCAACCCUCUUCGACGCCUCUUGCAUUGCAUCAUCAUCUGAAGCUCUCCUCCACGAGAUCCCCGCAAUCAUCAGCAAUACUCCUCUUGGAUCUCUUGCUUUCAUGGCAGCCCUUGUGGCCCAGGGCACGAGAAGUACCAACAUCAUCAUCGGAGAGCAUUACUUCAACGCUGAAGGCGAUCCGAUAUUUGACAUGGCGCUCAGUGGCUCCAAGUCCUGGGUAGCCGCUAAUAAGAUAGCCUCUACUCCAGCGCCGAAUUCGACGGUGGCAUCCUCGCACGAUGUCGCGUGGCUUAAGUUGGGGCACAAGAGUGGGAAGGGCAUUCAGGAGAUUUAUCGAGUCUUUACAUCUCAGGGUGACCCACCCUCUACGUGCGCUGGUCAAAACUCCACGAUCGAAGUUGCAUAUGCCGCAGAAUAUUGGUUCUACGGGUAA